AUGGCUACUGAUUACUUCUCGAACCCGCCUCCAGACCUCGACCUCACCGAGUCGAGAACGGCUUCAAACAAUGCAAUCGGCAUCGUCCUAUUCGUCCUCUCUGCCAUAGCCGUGGCGGCAAGGCUACUCACGCGGUUGAGGUACCAAAACGCCGCCCUGGGUCUGGACGACUGGUUGAUGUUUGUCGGCCUUGCCUUGAAUGCUGGGAACCUCGCCUGCUGCCUGGCCGGAGGGGUCUAUGGUCUUGGGAAGCACAUCUAUACACUUGGUCCUCAGCAGAUGAGCACAAUAAGUGUUAUCACGUUCGCCUUUGUCUUCAUCUAUGCCUGGAGUGUAUGCAUCAUCAAAUUCUCCAUCCUGGCCUUGUAUCGUCGAAUUUUUGGGAUGACUUGGCUAGGUUGGUGGUGCGUGUUUCUGACAUCCGGCUACCUGAUCACCAACCACAUUGUGCUUCCUCUGUACUGCAACCCGUUAUCCUACUACUGGACCCAGUGGUAUGAAGGCAGCCAGGGGGUGGUGCGAAUCAACGAAGCCAAGUUCUACCUGGGAGUUGGUAUCAUCAACCUCUUUGGCGACAUCUGCAUCCUCAGCGUGCCCGUCGCGAGUGUGUGGAAACUACAGAUGAGAAAGACCCAAAAAAUCGCUGUGUGCUUCAUCUUCCUACUCGGCAGCUUCGUCUGCUUUGCUUCUCUGUACCGAAUUGUUACCAUCAUCCACUUGACCGAAACCACCGAUAUUAGUUGGGCCAAGAGCGGUGUCUUCAUCUGGUCCAGCGUCGAGCCCUCCGUGGGCAUCAUCUCAGGCUGCCUCCCGACUCUGCACCCCCUGUUGCUGCACAUGCUCGACAAGUUCGGCUACGAUCCAACCUCACAGAAGUCCUCGGAGAACAACAACUCGCACACAUUGAACCCCCUCGAGACCAUCUCCAAGAAGAGCACGCGUAAGCUGUGGAAGCGGGACAUACUGGUCGAGACCCAGUUCUCGCACCUCGGGGACGAGAACGAGGCCGAGCAGGGUACGCACUUCGACCGAUCCAAACGGCAAACUCAAGCGUGGCGGCCGGACGAGGACGAGAUGAGUCUGACGACGACAACCAUCGAGGCAAGGGACAGACAGCGACAUAAUAAUCAUGACGGAUCGUCGCUUGGGAGCAUACAUGAGGGGAAAAUCGUGAUGACGAAGGAGUUUGAAUGGGGUGACUCAACGCCUGCAGCGGGACGCUGA